CAACGAGAAACCUCUAAGCCGAAGUCAAAACAGAGGAAGAAAAAAAAAAACCUUAUCUAGCAAAUGGCUACUUCCACUUUCGUCUCUCUACCAAAACCCUUCUUCGCUUUUCCGGUGAAAACCAACACUCCUGCUCUGGCUAACCACAAGCUUCUCGGAAGCCGAAGAGGUUGUCUCAGAGUCAAAGCGAUUUCAACUAAAUGGGAACCGACAAAGGUUGUUCCUCAAGCAGACAGGGUUCUUGUUCGUCUUGAAGAGGUUGCUCAGACAACCUCAGGUGGAGUGUUGUUGCCUAAAGCAGCUGUUAAGUUUGAGAGGUACCUAACCGGAGAGGUUGUCUCUGUUGGUUCUGAGGUGGGACAACAAGUUGGCCCUGGAAAGAAGGUUCUGUUCUCUGACGUGAGCGCAUACGAGGUCGAUUUGGGAACCGGUGCUAGGCAUUGCUUUUGCAAAGAGAGCGACCUGUUGGCCCUCGUGGAGUAGAGUUCUUGUCUGAGAACAUCCAAUGUUUUCUUGAAGAUUUUUAGUUGCUUGCUGUAAUAUUCAGACUUUGUUUUUGUGACAAACAAUAUUUCAGACAAUCAUAAACAAAAGAUCUUCAACUAGUUGAACCAA